UCUCCUUUAGAUGGGAUGCCAAGUUCUCACACUCUUUUCGGACCAUGGCGGAAAACAGGCAGCAGAGAAAAAGCUCUGGAAGCGGAGAACGCUCGUCGUCUCAUUUGUAUUAAGUACAGACUGGAGCCUAACAUGACAGCUGAGGAGGGAACGAGGGAUAGCAAGGACAGAGGAACAGGAAAAGAGAAACAACAGAGACCUAAAGACAAUAUGCAGACAAAAAUGACAAAACCCGACAACCAGCUGUUACAAAGAAUCCUCCUACGGCCGUUGUGGGGAAACCGGGGAAAGACGACCAUGAACACCUGCAGAGGCAAGGGCAGCAGCGUGUGGAGCAUGGGUACAACUGCCAGCGCUGCCCCACAGCCUGUUUAUGUAGCGCCGCCGCUCGACAGCGUCCACGCCAACGGGAUGGCCGACAGCAGCGUGAGUCCGUUCCACACGGUCAGCAUCCACAACAACAAAGCCAAGUCCAUUAUCACCAACAAGGUUGCACCGGUCGUCAUCACAUAUAAUUGCAGACAAGAGUUUCAAAUUCACGACGACAUCCAUAAGGCGAACUACAAGGUCGGUCGGAUAUCGGACUCCUUGCCCGAGCACUACCUUGUUAAGGGUGAAUACUUCAUGGUGCAGGAUGUGUACAGCAAGGCAGAUGUUUUAAACACAACGGGCAGCUACGGAGCGCCCAACUUCCGGCAGGUGAAGGGGUCCUACCCGCUGUACGGAAUGGGUCAGCCAACGCUGAACGGCUUCAAACAGGUUCUCCAGAGACUUCAGGCCCAAGGACAGGAGGAGAUUAUCUUCUUCUGCGUGAGAGAGGAGCCAGUGGUGUUCCUUCAUAAGGAGGGCGACUUUGUGCCGUACACGCCGCGUAGGAAGGAAAACCUCCACGAGAACCUCCGUGGACUGCAAGGGGAGGAGACGGUGGAAAGCCUGGAGCUGGCCAUCAGAAACGAGCUCCACGACUUCGCACAGCUCAGCGAAAACAUCUUCCACGUCUACAACGACAUCGAGUUCUUCAAAGACGAGCCCCAGAAGAUGUCCAUAACGUGCGAGGAGGACAUCCACGUGACCGAGGAGGUCUAUAAGAGGCCGAUGUUCACCAUGCGGGGCUACAGGUACUACAGAUUGCCACUACCAAUGGAGGGAGCGCCACUGGAAGAAGAUUUUGAUGCAUUUGUUAACAUACUCAGGGAGAGCUCCAGCUUGAAUCUGGGCCUCAACGCGGCCCGACCGCCGCCUACCCUGCUCUUCAGCUGCCAGGUGGGCGUCGGCCGCACCAACCUAGCCAUGAUCCUGGGCACGUUAGUCAUGAAUCGGCUCAAAGGGGACUCACAACUGCCGCCGCAAGUUGAGGAGGUUGGCGCUUCAGAGCCAAGACCGCUGUUUCAAGUUAUCCAGAGUCUGAUCAACAAGUUGCCCAAUGGACAUCAGAUUAUGGAAGAGGUGGACCAUGCUAUUACCUUGUGCUCAGAGAUGCACAACAUUAAAGAAGCAAUAUAUGAGAAUGCAAGUAAAUUGGAAGGGAUCGGAGAAGAUUAUCAGAUUCAAGGAAGCAGUACAAAAGAGUACUUUCUCAACAGAACAAAGCAGAGCUUGGAGUGCUACUUCUACUUGAUCGUAUUUAAUGCUUACCUACAUGAACAGUAUCCUCUGGCCUUUGUGUCCAACUUCAGCCAGUGGAUGUGCUGCCACGCCUGGUUGUACAGGCUGCUGGGCUGCAUGGAUGUGUCGGAGCUGUCUGCUCCUGCCGAGCUGGUCACCAAAGGAGCGCGCGUCCUGGUUGCUGAUGAGUACUUGGCCCCCGACGUGCUCAGCACAGUCAAAGAGAUGAAGGCGGCCAACUUCAGACGAGUGCCCAAGAUGCCUGUUUAUGGAGUGGCUCAGCCGACAUCAGAGGCCAUCGGCGCAGUUCUCGCCCACCUGACGGACGAGAAGAGGAAGCACAGACAUGUUCUGUGGAUCAACCUGCAGGAGGAGUUGUCGCUCGAAGCAAACGGACAGAUCUUCACUCCCAGGGAACCCUCGUACCUGGACCAGCACAUCCCUGUCCCAACGUGCGACCCAGAGUUGCUAGAGAAACUAGAAACUUCCCUAAAGGAGGAGAUUCUGCGAGCUCAGAAGUGGCUGGAGGUGACCCUGGAGCGGGAGAAACAGAUGAAGAUGUUUAAAAGCUGCCUGACCGUUCAGGAGAUCUUCAACCAGCACAAAAGCUCCCACCAAGGCCUCGUGUACAAGCGAAUCCCUGUGCCAGACUGCAGCUCUCCAAGGGAAGAAGAUUUUGAUAAACUUUUAGAUGCAAUGAAGAGUGCAUUAGCUGAGGAUUCCCACUCAGCUUUUGUCUUCAACUGCUCCAACGGCAGAGGCCGGACCACAACCGCCAUGGUUAUUGCCGUUCUCACUCUCUGGCACUUUAAGGGUUUCCCAGAGUGCACCGAUGAUGAGAUUGUCAGCGUUCCUGAUGCCAAGUACACAAAGGGAGAGUUUGAGGUGGUGAUGCGGGUGGUUCGCCUUCUCCCCGACGGCCACAGGAGGAAGAAAGAGGUAGACCUGGCGCUGGAUUCUGUCAGCGAGACCAUGACCCCCAUGCACUAUCAUCUGAGAGAGAUCAUCAUCAGCACUUACAGACAGAUCAAACAUGAGAAGACAGUGAAGGAGUGUAAACAACUGCUGCUCAGGAGCCUGCAGUACCUAGAGCGCUACAUUUACCUCAUCCUCUUCAAUACAUACCUGCAUCUGGAGAAGAAGGACUCCUGGCAACGCUCCUUCUCCACCUGGAUGGAACAGGUGGCUGCCAGAGCUGGAGUUUAUGACAUCCUCAACCAGCUGGGCUUCUCAGAGUUUGAAGACCCAAGGGAGACACCGCUGGCCAGGCUGCGGUGCCGCUGGCAGCAGCAGAACAUUCAGUCACUUCCUUUCCGAGGGGAAUUCAUCUGAAGGAGGAUUUCUGUGAAUGCUCCACUUUCACAAUGAGAGACGCUUAGAGUAACCUUGUUAUGCCUUCACGAUUAACCCCUGUGUCACGGAGGACUUUAGGUCGGAUUUGGGUUGCUUUAUUGCUGAUCCUCCUAACAGCUUGUUUUAAUCUUGACUUUUAUGAUCUUAUUCCCCUUUCGGUGCCUUCUUUAAAUCAGUAAUGAACUAAUAUUGUUGUUGUUUUUUAUUACAGCUUUCUUGUGGCAGGCCGUCAGAGUUUCUUUUGGGGUGAAAAAGGGAGAUAAAUGUUGUUUUGAAGGAGAGAAACAAAUUCCACUGUGUGAGCUAUAGCUGCAUGUCACACCUGUUUGCUGUUGUGUGACCUGAAAUGAUUUGCAGUGUCGUCCUUUUUCAAAGUUUUUUCUUUUUAGACUCACAGUGUACAUACGAAGGCUGUUAUUUAAGUUUUACUGCAUCCAUGUGCUUAUCUAAGGGUAAAUGGUCCUUAACAGUGUUUCACAUUAUUGAAUUUCACUUUUACUAUACUAGCCAUAAAGGGUCCCUCUGUUAUACCUGUUUUUUAUUGUUAUAAUUUGCCUUUUGAGUUUAAGUGUCCUGAUACAGGUACUGACAUGUCAGGAAUCUUUAUGUUAGCUUGACUUUGAAGGUGUUUGUGUGUUUCAAAUGUUACAGAGGUGUUGAAGUUUUUACAGCAGCCUUUUUUUAAGUUAAAUUCCCUUAGGGCUUUUUUUUCUGUAAGUCGAACUAUAACAGCUUGGCAUGUUUCACAGCAGAAUGAGAAAACGUAUCGCCUCUCAUCUAAAUUUGGUCGCUCAUACCUGUUGGUCUUUCGUCUUUUCAAGGUGCCUGUUUUUAAAAGCCCUAUAUUUUCAUAUUGCCCAGUUUUCAGAAGCCUUGUUUGUCGAACUGCCUCAGCUACAAGCUGUAGGUCGUGCCUGCAACAUGUGACUGUUAACAUUGGAAGUAGACCUACAUAUUUGUAGAUGAGUAGUUGAAUCAGCCUGACUUGGUCUUUGCAUGACGGAAAGUAAGGUACCAAAUAAUUCAUUGUGUCACUCAAACGACUGGAGACCAGUCGGCAUCAAGUUUGGAGCUGCAGUCAUAGCCACCUCAAACUGCUUGUUUCCAGCUGAAAUGAUCUUAAAGAAGAGCCGGAAAUAGACUUUGAUGUGAAAAAGAUUGUGCAGAUUCUCUUUUCAUCAAGUUUUCCCUCCUUCACAUCACCACUCUGUCUGAGUUGUGCCGGGCAACCUCGAAAGGAAGGCCCCCAGAACAGAUGGUGGAACCACCUCAGUGCAUUCCUGCCGAUACAGAGGACUAGCAAAUAUACUGAAGCGCUCCGCUCACCGUAUCUCUAUUAUGAAGCUUAUUUCAGCUGCUUGUUUCCAUGAUAUGCUUGUUUUUUUUUGGUCAUGUUCCAAGUCACAUGACCGUAUGCCAUGGUUGAAACAGAACAAGCAGAAAGUCAAAACUUCCCAUUGUGGCUCACUUCUUCGUUCACCGCAGCAAAUUAAAACAGAGGCUUUAAAACCACAGAUAGGGACCCAGUGAGUUUGUACAUGUCUGUCUACGUAUAAUUACUUGUGAACAGGAUACCGUAACACCUCCACUUGAGCCAAAGGAGCAUUUGAGACAUUUGAAAACCACUGCCUUAGACCUAAAAGAGCUGAAUCCUAACCUGCCCGGUUUAUAAUUUGGUGCAAACUGUGCACACUUGAGAUCAUUGACCUAUAGAUGCCAAAAUCUGCAAAACCUAAAGAUGUCACCGGAGGUUCUCAAAUUAGACUCCUUACGCUGCAUGACUAUGUUGUCCUGUCCAUAAACACUGACUGGAAUCAGAGGGGUCCAACCAGCAAUGAGAACAAGCUCGGCUUUAAAUCAAUAAUGUGACCAAACCUCCUGCUUUAGUUGCUUGAAGUCUGGGUAGCCUUUAAAAGUCACCCAGGUGCUCCGUUACCCUCCUAAAAACGCUUUGAUACGAUCGUAAGCCCUCUCCAGAUCUACAACACCUGUGGAGAAUUUCAUCAUGAUGGAAAAGGGUGCCAUAAUACAGGGUUAUUAUAUUAUUUUUAAACAAAGACAAUGUUUACAUGUUUCAGCAUUCUUUUAGAUUUCUCUUGCAUUAAAAUUAACAAUUAUAUUGACAAUUAGCACUUUUAGUGCCACUUUAAUUAAAAUAACAGCCUAGCUCCUUGGAGAACGUUGAUCCUAACCUUGACUGAGCUUUCCAAAAAAAUUGCCAAAAUAUACAAUUCAAAAUAAAAUUAAAAUAAAACCCAAAACAGCAAAUUUACUAGACCCUGUUCAGCCUUCUUGUUAUCCGUUUGUAGUCUUGCACUCACUUGCAUUCUCAUUGUGAAUGAACCGCAAACGAGUCUUGAGCUAACUGAGUCUUCUCUCAGUCGCAGCGUCUGAAGAGUGGCGUUGCCAGUACAAGGUGGGAACACUUAGAUGUAGUUUGAUUAAUGGUCGGCACAAGACACGUUUCCGACCAGUACGGCGGAAAAUCAGCUGAUUUUGGUCACUGGCUUAUUUUCCCUGUGCAUCUUGUUGGUUCCUGUUAAGGAGCAUGUCUCUGAUGUCCUAGCACUUUUAUCAUUUAGUAUUUUAGUUUUCCUCAAUUAGCUAAAGUGCGUUAAGUUAAAAUGUAGUGUGCUUUAACCAAGUAUCCUACCUUAAAAACCAGAAAGAUAAGCCAAUAAAGAGAACAAAAAUCCAUCAUAAAUAAACCUUUUAUUUUUCUCUGUUGACGUUUCAGAUUAGCAGCGUCAUUGUCAGGAUUAGAACCGGGAUGGAAAUUGAUGUCAUUCAAUUCGGUGCAGAAGGAUGAACAUUCUUGUGUGACCUUAUAACAAAUGCAUAAUUGUAAGCCCUCGACACCCUGAAUAAUGUCCAUCCUUUUUACUUUAUUUAAUGUUUUU